AUGGAUCCAUCUACAUUUGGAGCUGAAGAGAAGGAGGAUGACGUCUUAGAGUCAGGCAAAUUUGGUAAAUGGACAAGUAGUGGCCGUGAAAAGGCUUUCCAAGGGUUCCGGACAAGGCUAGAAGAGUUCAAAAAUGAAGUUCUGGUGAUCUCUAAACUUCAACACAGGAAUCUAGUUAGACUUUUAGGUUGUUGCACUGAAAGGGAAGAGAAGAUAUUGGUAUAUGAAUACAUGCCUAACAAAAGCUUGGAUGCAUUUCUCUUUGUUCCAACCCAACGAACGCUCCUGGAUUGGAGGAAACGCUUCCAUAUUAUCGAAGGGAUAACCCGUGGGAUUCUUUACCUUCACAGAGAUUCUAGAUUCAGAGUUAUUCAUAGAGAUUUGAAGGCAAGUAACGUUUUGCUGGAUGAAAAGUUGAACCCUAAAAUUUCCGAUUUUGGGAUGGCAAGGAUAUUUGGAGGCGAUGAGCUCCAGGCAGAUACCAGAAGAGUUGUUGGGACAUACGGUUAUAUGUCCCCCGAAUAUGCAAUGGAAGGUCGAUUUUCAGAAAAAUCAGAUGUUUUCUUUAAGUUUGUAAAGAUUAUUUCGUUUAGUUAG